AUGUACAUGUACACCAACUCUGGGUGCCAGGACCUGCAAGGGACCAGAGAGGAGGACAAUGAUGAUGGUGAUGAUUAUGAAAACAUGGCACCACCCUAUAAGGACCUUCCUCCCAAGCCAGAUUCAAUGGCUCCACCUAGGCCUCCGAGGGCAGGAAAGAAAACAGAGAACCCCCCACUUCCCUACAAGUCCCCAAAGAUCAAAGGUCUGGACAUCACCCCUGUCACUCGCACAUCUCCUCAACUGGGUGUCAAUCUGGUACAUCCUCCGUUCCAGCCAUCCCUAGCUAGUACUCCAGCAUCCCAGCUCAGUCAGAAGUCCAGGUGUCCUGGGUGCUACCAGGAGGAGAGACUGGUGGUGUACCUGUGUCUGCUGGUGGUGGUGUCACUGCUCCUGGGCUGCACUGGUCUGGCUGUGACCCUGAUUAAGUACCAGGAGGUGGUGGAAGAACUGAGGAUAUUGACCUUUCAGCAGAUGGCGUGGCAAGAGAAUGUGACUGGCAUGGCAGGACUAGCUGGCCUGAAGAAGGACAUUGACCACGUAAGAACUAACACCAACAAGUCCCUAGGAGAACUUCGGGGCUUAUUAGAGUGUACCAGGGUCACUUGCCCAGAGGGUUGGCUUCCCUUUGAGGGCAAGUGUUACUACUUCUCCCCAAGCACCAAGUCCUGGGAUGAAGCCCGGAAGUUCUGCCAGGAGAACUACUCUCACUUGGUCAUCAUCAGUAGCUUUGCUGAACAGAAUUUUGUGGCCAAGGCUCAUGGCUCUCCACGGGUAUACUGGCUGGGGCUGAAUGACAGGGACCAUGAAGGGAACUGGAAGUGGCUGGAUGGGUCACCUGUCACUCUGAGCUUUUGGGACCCAGAGGAACCCAACAACCUCCAUGAUGAGGACUGUGCCAGCAUGAACAAAGGGGGCACCUGGAAUGAUCUGUCUUGUGACAAGACCACAUAUUGGAUUUGUGAGCGGAAAUGUUCCUGUUGA